AUGAUGCCCGACAUGCGGUUGGGCAAGGACAAAACUGGGAGUCAGCGAGACACAUACUCAGUUGAUGCAUUCCUAUCCAUCAUGUAUGAAGGAGUGGCGGAAGUGCUUCCGGACAGAUUCGUUCGACGUGGGCGUGCUGCAGCCAGCGAUGACCCUGAGUGGGACUUGGAGUCAGAUUGCCAAGAUCAAGAAGACUUGCGGGAUUUUCUGGAUAAGCCCGGCACUGGUGCAAUUUGGGCAUCUUUUCAACCAGAGGAAAAGAAGCUAACAAAGUUCUUGCCACCAGGAACCGUCCAUGAUUUAUACACACACAACACAUCGACAAGGAGUCUUUUCGGAGCUGUGGCCGUGUCGUAUUCCACAUUCUUGAGGGUAUACCAAAGCCGGUGGAAAGACGUAUUGAAAUUUAGAGCUCGGAGCAUGUUCAGCCAAUGUGAGCUUUGCUACAACUUCAAGCAAGACCUUUCAAGUACUUCAUUGAGCAUGGAGGCUCGCCUGGGAACGUUGACAAAGUACCGCCGCCACUUGGCGGAUCAGUAUAGCGACCGAUGCAUACUUUGGUCUUUGCAAGAAGCCGCUUGCGACCCUCAGUCAGACCUGGUCAUCAUGUGCACCGACGGGAUGGAUCAAGGUAAAUUCCGCUUACCUCGAUAUCCUGGUCAUCGUGCUUCCAGCGCCGUGGCAAGUGCCAACAGGCCAAAGGUCAAGCUGCACGGUCUUUGGGUGUGGGAUCUACCAGACCAGCUGGCAGCGGGCAUCGAUGCGGGUUCUUUCCGUGGUGGUACACUGGAUUGUCCCAUCUCUCCUGCCAUGGCGCCCCUGUGCCGGAUGCUUGAGCAGCAGCUCGUGAAGGUCCAAAAACCUGAUGAGGAGCAGAAGAAGUUGGCCGCCAUCAAGGACGAGGGAAGCGCGGCAACACCAUCUCCGAUGAAGAGACUGGCAAGCGACUUCGAAAAGAAGAUCAAGGCUUUGCCAGAUUCACAAGGGAAGGGCAAAGGCCAGGGCUACAACAAGAUGUCACCGGGAUGGACCCAAGAGGAGGAUUCAACUUGGCGUUGGGGUGAGAGUGACAUGAAGGAUGACCACGACAUGAAGGAUGAGAAGAAGGAAGAUGGUGCAAAAUCAGAGGAGCAGCCAGAAGGCUCUCGGACAACGUCUCAGCUUGACACCCACAGCUUGGACGUGAUCAAGGGGUGGACGCGUAUGACCUGCGUUGCUUGGGUGGCCCUCAUGGUGUCAGAGCUUGAUUGCGAGGACACAGAGGAAGCGAGAGAGAUUAUGAGUCAGCAUUUGACAUUUACAAAAUGGAAAGAUUCCGCCUUCUCAACGGAACAGCUGAGAACAACCAGAUGGCUCCUAGGGGCUCGGCCGAAGAACAUUCCGGACGGGUACCAUGAGCUUCUCACUGUCACGCCGAUGGCGCAAGAGAUGCUGAUGGAUUUGCAUGUCAAAUCUUUCCUACGCGCCACUCGGCGAGUGAAGUCAGCUGCUCGCAGCCGUGCACGCCUUUGCGCUGACGACUUUGACCGUCUUGUAGAUUUUGCCUGUGUCUUUGCACACAUCCGGAAAUGUGCUAUGCGCGUGGUGUCCAAGAGCCGCGAUGUCGAUUCAAAGCUCAUGGCAGCUUUCCUUGCAAAGGAUUACUAUCAAGACAUUGAAGCCGUGAUUGCCUCCAAGAAUCCCGAGUUUCGUGUCCAGUCGCUCACCGUUUGGCAAGACAUCGUUGAGCCACCUAGCCUUCCAACGGUUCUUCAAGGAGAUGAAAGCGCUGAUCUUUUGGCUGCGCAAGAGGCUGCCAGCGCGACCAAGUUCAACGAGCUGCAGAUCCGCUUGACCGCCGAUUGCGAGGCCAUGAACAAAUACAACGCGGACAAGCAGAAAGCAGAAUCUCGGAAGCAUGUGCAGCGUGUGCUGCAUGAGAAGAACCAACUUGCGGUCGGCAAGAAGGUUGUGGACGAGUACAUGGCUAGCAAUUGCUGGGCUGGCUUGAUUGGUGACAUGAUGCUCCCACAUGAGCUUGACAAGAUCAUCAAAGCGGCAGCUGCAAAGCGACAGGUUGCAAUGGACAAGCUCUUGACCAUUGGCUGGGUGGAUCUGACAAAGAUUGGGGUGCUCACUCAGAAGGACAUGAACAAAGUGGGGACAUGGUGCGAACGGUUGAUCAGCCGCAACCCUACGAGCACCUGCGUAGUGAUGGCCCUUCCGUUGCUCACUUCAAGUUCUGGAUGCGGGGCGCUUCGAUCAGACAUCAGGAAGCUUGAAGACAAGCUGCUCUUUCACCAGAUGGAGUUUCGGUCCUUCUUCUUGCCUGUUGACCACACCUCACUCCAUCACAACAGAGAUAUGCCUGGCGGGUUCACCUUCUACCUCAUCGUGUCUGAUGCGACGCUUCCGCGGAGUGGCACCGCCCAUCGGGCCAACAGAUCAGCAGAGAAGGUGGAUCGUUCCGGUGUCAACACCUUUUGCUUCUCAAAGCUGUGGCAAACCCAAGUGACUUCAUCUUCACCACGUGCUAUCGAUGAAUCCGAGUUCAUCGUGCCUGCGACUGGCGGUGUUUCUUCAGCCGAAGGCCGCAGGAACUACACAGAUUUGCAGGAAACAAGUCAGUGGUUGGGCGGCCUCGAGAUUCCCAAGGUCAUUCUGGGUGAUCUGCUCAGUGGUGUCAUGAGCGAGCGGCUCCCACGCUACAAGCCUGAGAUUGACGAAGAUCAGAUGGCCGGGCCUGUCUCAGAGCCAAGUCUCAAGGAGGUGCGGUCUGAAUGGUUGGCUGAUCCUGUCCGAGCCCCUCAAUGGCGGCAAGUGCUUUCUGAGUUCGACCGUUGCUUUGGGACACGUGCCGACAAUGCACCUCCUGCUCCUGUGACGGAAAGCGCGGCCACUGAGCCAGCCGUUGCCUCACUGGAUUGGGAUAGUGUCUUCCCUGAUGAGCCGCGUGAGGCUACCGCUUGGCACACCAAAUAUGAUGCACUAGUCCUUGGCAAAUUUCAAUGGUGCCCGGAGCUCACAGGGUACAUCAUUGGCAGCUCUGAGGGCAAUGGUGUUGGAACCAAGUUUUUCCUGGAGGCUUCGGAGGACUACACCAUUGAUGGGUUCAAUCACGCAGACGCUGAAGCCUUGCUGACUUAUGGUGCCGGGGUGUGGCUACAGGAUGCCAAGGUGCAGUCCUAUCUCGAUGAGCACCCGGAUGGAAAGGGUGUCGAAUGCCACUUUGACUCAGAUGAGUGCAAGGUCCUUCUUGUCGAGGAAAACGGUCAAGAUGGUGCAGUCACAACUUUGCGCGAAGUCAUCCGGAAGUGCGAGAGCAUGAACAUGGUCGACGUCGAGCUUGGGGGUCACACCUACUCGAGACCUCCUCAAGUUGUGCAGGGUCUGGCAAAUGACAGGUUUGAGGUCUCUCGCAAGGAGAACUCCCGGCUGUUGUGGCGCCCAAACCAAGUUCAAGCCAGUGGGUUGCGCGCUACGAAUGCGGCGAGCUUCUACGCUCACAGCACACUGAGCGCGUCUCAAGGCCUGUUGCAGGUCUGGCGCAUGAGAGCUCACAAGAGCGAGAAGAGCUUGUGCGCCGCCAAGCCGCUGUGGUUCCUGGCUCGCCAGCUCAAAGUGCCAAAGGGUAUGGUCCAAAGGAUCGUGUGA